CCACUCUCCAUCCUCUGAGCUCUGAGCUCUCCUUGUCCACUGUCAGACCUCUGUGCCGAGUGUCACCGUGGAGCUGACCUUCAGAAGCAGAAAGAGUAAAACAUGGAGUCCUCAGAGGGUUGGUGAACAGGGAACCCACAGAAGAGAGGACUCAACCUUGGAUGGGACCCGACAACCAAGAUGAGACCUUUGAAGGCAUCUGAAGUCGUAGAAGAGUUGGGGGCCCACGGGGUCAGAGCUCCCGUGGGUGCCUGCAGCUACAUGUUGGGGGUCAGAACACCUCUAGGUCACCACCAAGGCCCGAGAGGAUGAAAUGGUCUGGCCUUCAGCCCAGGACUAUCAUUCCUGACUACAAGGAAGUGACAUGUGGCAGAGGGUGGGGACACCACCAAGGAGGAAACGUCCCAGCAGCUCUGCUGUGUGGAGACGUGUGGCCGUCAGAGGAGCAGCCAUGAGCUCUGAGAAGGGGCAGCAGCCUCUCUGAGGCCACGGGCCCUGUCCUGUCACUGGGGUUGAGAGCAGAAGCCCAGGGCGCCGAGAGCCGGGGUCGGCAGCAGCCUGUGCAGCUCCUGACCCUGAGCUUCCUGCACCCUGACCACCCAGCAUCGGACUCAAAUCUGGGCUGGACACGGAAGCGGAGAGGCCCAGAAGAGCGGAAGUGGGCACAGGGCUAUCGGACCCUCAGCGAGGAGGCUUGACUGUGUCCGCACGUAGGACCUGGCGCUGCUGCAGGCUGUGUCUGUGCAGAGACAUGACCCCGAGGAGUGGGGCUACGUGGCUGCCUUCAGCUCUGCUCCUUCUCCAGGUCCCAGGCUAUUUGUCUCUGAGUGGCCCCGGGCACGUGACGGGCACCGUGGGGGGAUCGCUGAGCGUGCAGUGUCGGUACGAGAAGGAGUUCAAGGAAAAUAACAAAUACUGGUGCCAAAGCCCAUGUUUGGCAUCGCUGAGGACGAAGAUUGUGGAGACCACAGAGUCAGAGAGAGAAGUGAGGAGCGGUCGUGUGUCCAUCCCGACACAGCUGACAGAGUGGAAGACCCAGGGCCUGACAUGCGCUUCUCCCUCAGCCCCCACCCUGAAGAUCGUCACAAGCACCCUGGGUCCUCCAAGCACCCUGGGUCCUCCCUCCCCCCUGCCAGUGACCACUGGGCCCAGCAUGACCAGCCAGGAGACGCCUGAUGCCAGCCAACACCCUCGGUCCCUGCUCAGCAGUGUGCACUUCCUGCUCCUCAUAUUCCUGAAGGUGCCCCUGUUCCUGAGCAUGCUCAGUGCUGUCCUCUGGGUGAACAGGCCUCAGCGGGCAACUUGUGAGGAAACACAGUUUGGCUAAGACAACCUGCCACCGUCCCCGCCCACCCAUGUCCUGUCCAGAGACACCGCCACUCGGGCUA